CUUCUGUCUUUCUUUUCUAGUUUCAACUCUAAAUCAUGGCGGUAGGAAAAAAUAAAGGUUUGUCCAAAGGAGGCAAAAAAGGUGGUAAAAAGAAGGUUGUAGAUCCUUUUUCACGUAAAGAUUGGUACGAUGUGAAAGCACCAAAUAUGUUUCAUACAAGACAAGUCGGUAAGACACUUGUAAACAGGACACAAGGUACUAAAAUUGCAUCUGAAGGAUUGAAAGGCCGCGUGUUUGAAGUAUCGUUAGCCGAUUUACAAGAGGAUCAUGAUGCAGAACGUUCCUUCAGAAAAUUCCGUUUGAUCGCUGAAGAUGUCCAAGAACGUAAUGUUCUUACCAAUUUUCAUGGUAUGGACUUAACAACUGAUAAAUUAAGGUCAAUGGUUAAAAAAUGGCAAACAUUGAUUGAAGCUAAUGUAGAUGUCAAAACUACAGAUGGAUAUCUUUUACGUGUUUUCUGUAUUGGAUUUACAUCAAAAGAUCAAAUGUCUCAACGUAAAACUUGCUACGCUCAACAUUCACAAGUUCGUCAGAUUCGUAAAAAAAUGACAGAUGCAAUUAUUCGCGAUGUUAGUAGCUCUGACUUAAAGGAAGUAGUAAAUAAAUUACUUCCUGAUUCCAUUGCAAAAGAUAUUGAAAAGAAAUGUCAAGCAAUUUAUCCACUUCAUGAUGUGUACAUUCGUAAAGUAAAAGUUCUUAAAAAACCACGUUUUGAUUUAUCAAGAUUACUUGAUUUACAUGGAGAUGGUGGUGGUAAAGGUACAGAAGGAGCUGUAUCAGAAGGUGCCGUAAUUGAUAGACCAGAAGGUUAUGAGCCGCCUGUACAAGAAUCAGUUUAAGUAUGUUUUUAAAUAUGAGAAUGUUAAAAGUUGUGUAAAAAUAAAAUCCAAACAAUUUUUACAUUGAA